GUUGCUAAAACAAACCGUCCUCUCUGCCUGCAAAAAAACGCGAAUAUAUUUUUUGGUAUCCUCAUUCUCUCUCUCUCUUCAAAGUUCCAAAAAAAAAAAAAUCGAAUAACCCAAAAGGAAACAAGGUACACUUAAAAACGGAUCCAAAAGCAGAACAAAUUACUGAAAACCCUAACCCUAGCCGCAGUUUACCCUCUUUGGUUUCUUAUGGCUAUUAUUUUUUCUUUGAUUUUGAUUUGAAAAUACUGAUAGUGUAACUUGAUUUUUAGGGUUAGGGUUUUGUGUCCAGGGGGCCGAAGAUAAGAUAGUAUUAAGAUUAGGAUUAGAAUUAGGGGUAGACCAAAGUUUAGACGGUUAUGGAAUGCGAAGGGGGAGGUUGUGGUAGCGCUUGUGGUUGUUGUUGGUGAUGACCGGAGCUCUAUGCCACCGGCAGAAAAAGAUGAUGGGUAGGGGUGCGGACGGAGGCUGCGGCAUCGAGGAGAGGCCUUGCCGCCCGGUUCUUAGGGUUUCGGGUCGGAGUACGGUGACCCAACCUGAGAAUGCGGAGAAGCAAUUUUCCAGCGAUGUUGUUGUGGAUUUUUUUUCUCAGGCGCGUAAAGCCCUCUGUGAACGUUCCCCUUUUGAUAUACCUGAAGGUGGCUCUCUUUCCGGGUUGAGUGCACCAACGCUGCCCAGUGAACUGGCAAGUUUGUUGAAACAGACUGACAGUAGGAAGAGGCAUAAGAAGUCGCACGCGGGAGCUGAUAAGAAGUCUUCCAGAAAGGGAGACAAGGCAGGAGGCGGGAGCAUUUGGGUUGAAACGGAAGAGUAUUUUAGGGACUUGGCGUUGCCGGAUAUUGAUGCUUUGUUUGAGAUUACACUAUCUGGUUCUUUAGCUGCUAGGAAGAAGUGUUUUAUGAUUCCGUAUGUUGGAAAUGAGCCGAGGGCGAAUUUGAAUGUGGAUGCUGACGUUAAUGAGAAGGCAAGCAUGGGUAGUGGAGAGAAUUUGGAUAAUAUGAAUGAAAAUGGCAACGUUGGUAAAGAAGAAGUGGAGGAGGUGGUAAAGGAGGAGGAUGGGCAGUUAAUGGAAAUUGAUAGCGUGGGAACGCAAACUCAGUUUUCGCUAAAUGAGGAAAAAGUAUGCUCUGUUUCAGAUUCAUCCAAUGGUUUAGAGUGGCUUUUAGGUUCUAGGACUAGGAUAUUGUUAACUUCAGAGCGGCCUUCGAAGAAGCGGAAACUUCUUGGAGAGGAUGCUGGGCUGGAGAAAGUAUUAAUUGCGUGUCCAUGUGAUGGGAAUUCAUCUGUAUGUCACUUUUGUUGUACUGGUGAUGAUACCAGUAAAGCGAACAGAUUGAUUGUUUGCAGUUCUUGUAAGGUUGCUGUUCAUCAAAAGUGCUAUGGUGUUCAAAAUGAUGUAGAUAGUUCUUGGUUGUGUUCUUGGUGUAAGCAGGAAAAUGAUGGCCAUGAUACGGUAAAACCUUGUGUACUUUGUCCGAAGCAAGGUGGUGCUUUAAAGCCAAUCCAAAAGAGUGAUGAAAAUGGUGGGUUUGUGGAGUUUGCACACUUGUUUUGUUCGCACUGGAUGCCUGAGCUCUAUAUAGAAGACUUGAGAAAGAUGGAACCAAUUAUCAAUGUGGGGGGAAUAAAGGACACCAGAAGGAAAUUAGUCUGUAAUAUAUGCAAGGUGAAGUAUGGUGCAUGUGUUCGGUGCAGUCAUGGAACUUGCAGAACCUCAUUCCACCCUAUAUGUGCUAGAGAAGCCAAACAUAGAAUGGAAGUUUGGGGAAGACAUGGGUGUGAUAAUAUUGAGUUACGGGCUUUUUGCUCUAAGCAUUCAGACAUCCAUGAUAACAGCAGUUCCCUACAACUUGGGGAACUUUGUGUAGCUGGCAGUGACACUUCUAUCACCAACCAACUUUCUCCAACAUCAAUGGAUAAAUCUCAAAAUUUAAAAAUUGGCCUAAAAAAUGGAGAUAAAAUUGCAGUGCGCAUGGAAGCUCCAGAUGAUAACUCUGAUAAAUCUGGUGAUGGUGAAUUGCAAGAGAUAUGCUUUCCUGAUACCAUAUUAAAUGCCCUAGUUGCAUCAGAAUGUGGCGAUGUACAGCAGCUGGUUGAUGUGGGUUUGUUGGAGAGGAGUAAUGGUGAUGACCAUAGCCCAUCUGACUCCCUUAAUUUUGUACUGAUUUUAAAGAAGCUAAUUGACCAAGGGAAAGUCAAUGUAAAAGAUUUAGCAUUGGAGAUUGGACUCUCGCCUGAUUCUUUGAGUGCUACAUUAGAUGAUGAUAGCUUGGCACCUGGCUUGGGAUGCAAAUUAGUGAAAUGGCUUAGAAAUCAUGCUUAUAUGGGCUCUUCCCAAAAUAAUUUCAAAUUUAAGAUAAAGUCUUUGAUUUCACCGAAGGAUGUGACCGGAGCAACUGAUAGUUCUGAUGAUAUAAUGGUAUCAGAAUCUGAUAUAAGAGAUCCUGUUACCGUUAAGUCUGUGCCCCCUCGGAGAAGAACCAAGAGUAAUGUAAGGAUUUUGAGGGAUAACAAAGUAAUAUGCUCAUCUGAUGAAAUUAUUAAUGAUAAUGGGGUAGUGAUGGAUGAAGUUAGGGUUGAUCGACUUGCUAAGGAAGAAACAAAUGAUUCAAGCAAAGCAUCCAUUCAUGAUGCCACGGGAGAGAAUUCAACUAAGCCUGAUGGUUCCCAGGCCUCUUCACAGAGGCAUUUGUCCACAUCUGAAGGAAAUUCAACUGACCUCUUAAAUGACAGCCUCUCUGAAAGGAGUCAAUCAGAGAGGGCAACCACUCUUGAGGAGAAUACUGCAGCAAUUUUAGAUCAAGAACAUUGCUUUUGCCCAAUUGUCAAUCCAAUUAUCCCUAAUCUCAUAAGAGCUGAAGAAUUUUCUAAUUUUUACAUUCACCCCUACCUACACAAGAAAUUGCAGCAGAUGCACAAUGGGAUGCUUUGUAAGAAUAGAGUAGGUGAGUUUGAAGGCAGAAAGGACACAUUAAAUGAGUUUGACGGUGCAACAGAAGGAGAUCUCUCUUGCUUGGUGGCAUCUUCUAACGCCAUUGUUUGCUGUAGUCACCAAAGCGAACAUUCAAAGUGCAAUGAAAAGAGUUGUACAUCUGAUGAUUUAGAGCAGUUGGAUAAGGCUAGUAAAUUGGGAGCUCUCAAAUUGUCUCCGGAAGAUGAAGUGGAAGGUGAAAUUAUUUAUUAUCAGCAUAGAUUACUGGGCAAUGCAGUUGCAAGAAAUCAUUUUACUGAUAAUUUAAUUUCUAGGGUUGCUAAAAGUCUACCACAGGAGGUUGAAGCAGUGAGGACACAAAGAUGGGAUGCUGUGUUUGUUAAUCAAUAUCUUUAUAAGCUAAGAGAAGCAAAGAAGCAGGGCCGGAAAGAGAGAAGGUAUAUGGAGGCACAGGCUGUUCUGGCCGCUGCAACUGCUGCAGCAGCUGCUUCUUCCAGGAUUUCAUCAUUAAGGAAAGAUGGCUUGGAAGACUCCAGUCUGCAAGAGAAUGUAUUGAAGCUGAAUACAUCUGGUGGGAGGGCUGGCACUAGCUCUCAACCGAGAAAGAAAGAUGCACUUUCUAGGAAUGCUGUCUCAAGGAUUACAUCUGAAAAGUACUCCGAUAUUGUUCAAUCAUUAUCAGAUUUUUCUAAAGAACACCCUAGGUCAUGUGACAUCUGCAGACGAUCUGAGACAGUACUGAAUCCAAUUUUAGUCUGUUCCAGCUGCAAGGUUGCAGUUCACUUGGAUUGCUAUUGCAAUGUUAAAAAAUCUACGGGUCCUUGGUGCUGUGAAUUAUGUGAAGAAUUGUUUUCAUCUAGAUCCUCUGGAGCUUCAUCUCUAAAUUUUUGGGAGAAAUCUUAUCCUGCUGCUGAAUGUGGUUUAUGUGGUGGCACUACAGGUGCUUUUAGGAAAUGUAUGGAUGGCCAAUGGGUACAUGCUUUCUGUGCUGAGUGGGUUCUUGAAUCAACAUUCCGACGGGGACAAGUAAAUGCUGUGGAUGGAAUGGAGAUGAUUUCAAGGGGGGUUGACAUGUGUUGUAUCUGCCAUCGCAAGCAUGGUGGGUGCAUUAAGUGUAGUUAUGGUCACUGUCAGACCACUUUUCAUCCCUCCUGUGCUAGAAGUGCUGGCUUCUAUAUGAAUGUGAAGCAUAGUGGUGGCAAAUUGCAGCACAAGGCUUAUUGUGAAAAGCACAGUGUGGAGCAGAGAGCAAAGGCUGAAACUCAGAAACAUGGAAUUGAGGAGUUGAAACACAUGAAGCAAAUUCGAGUUGAACUAGAGAGGUUACGCCUUCUUUGUGAAAGAAUCAUCAAACGUGAAAAGUUGAAGCGGGAGUUGGUUCUUUGCUCACAUGAAAUACUUGCUAGCAAAAGAAAUCAAGUCACUCGUUCUGUGCUUGUUCAUAGUCCUUUUUUCCAUCCGGAUGUUAGCUCAGAAUCUGCAACAACUUCUCUCAAAGGCCAUACAGAUAGUUUCAAAUCAUGCAGUGAAGUGCUGCGAUCAGAUGAUGUGACUGUGGACAGUACUCUUUCAGUUAAGCACCGAGUGAAGGUUCCUGUGCCUAUGGACAAUGAUCAAAGGACUGAUGACAGCUCUACUUCCCAGAGCCUUUUUGUCCAGAAGCAAACAGAGAGGGUGCCAUUCUCUGGGAAGCAAAUCCCUCAUAGAUAUUCGCUUGCAUCUCGUAAUGGUUUGGAUAAUGCAGAAUGGAACUCAAAAUCAAGAAAGCCUAUUGAAACAUUUGAAAAAGAGCUGGUAAUGACAUCAGAUGAAGCAUCUAUGAAGAAUUCACGGUUACCGAAAGGAUAUUGUUACGUUCCUGUCGAUUGUCUUCCAAAGGAGAAGCAAUUCACACAGGUUUCUUCUUCUGAUGGACAAUUGGAGCACAAUGGAUAGGCUCGAGUCAGUAGCCGGGUGGUUCAAUUGCCUGAUGAAGGGUAACGGCCAUCUGUGCCCUUUUAUAACUGCUUUCCGCGCGGAGGUGCCUUGUUUAUCUGAUUAUGGAGGCAGUACAGCGGCAGAAUCAUUGCCUAGAUGUUGAUGGGGCCAUUGCCGCCUUGAUGAUAUCCAUAGGAGCCACAUUGUGGCUGGGGUUGGGAAGUUUUGGCAUAUCAUAUUGUUGUAUAUUGUUUGUGAGAGUAAUUGUACAGUGGGUGAGGGUUUAUUCCAUCAUGUUUUGGGCUAGAAAAUUCAGUCUUGAAAGGUCUUAUGAGUCGGUUCCGGAGAUGAAGAAGAUUUGCUUACUGUAACUCUUUAUGUGAAUGAGGAAAUUAGAAAAAAAGGUGUUGCCUGCUGUGCGUGCUCUGUAUAGUCAGUUAGUGUACAUAUUCUUUUCAACUUUACUAAUCUUCAAAGAAAUCUUUGCUCAACAAGAGAUUGAUACCGUUAUCUGAAUUCCCCUUUUAUCUUCGCUUUCGAAAUUUGACAUCAAAUUCACUAUUGCUCACUCACCCACCGU